UUACGUACCGCAAUCGGGCCUACGGUGGUGCCAGCGCACCCGACAUGUACUCCAACAUUAACCGGCAGGCGCAGGUACAGCCGAAAUCGCAAAACCUAGCGCCGGAGUUCCAUUACACGCCACCGACCCCGUACUAUCCGGCACGGAUGAGUCCAGUGGCCAGCGACAGCAUGGCCACCGUACGGCCAGCGGCACCGGUUUACAGUGCAUCCGUUACACAGGCACCAGUACCGUCGACGACGACCACGACGACGACGACGACGCCGAUGCCCGCCACAGAACGCCCUCUGCAGGAUGCGGAAACGGAACACGAGAUGAUGCCCCAUCCGGAGGCUUACUCCUCGGAGCAUAGCCCCGAGCAUCAUGCGCACUACGUUGUCGGUGGCGCGGGCAGCAGCUACGCCGAUUCCAUGCUCGAUAUGAUCAACUCGGCCUCGAUGCCGGAACACGGUCCGAGGAAGAAGCGAGCGGCCGCAUCGGUGGCGCCUGUAAUGAGCGCCAGCUCCGAAGAGGCCGAGUUCGAUAACGAAAUCGAUGUGGACGGUGAUGAUGAUGGUGGUGAUGAGGAGUUUAAUAAGAAUAUCGAGGAGACUGAUCCUGAUCUUUAUACUAUUACGCCGAUGAGGACAUCGACGACGACGACGACGACGACGACGAUGGACCCUGAGACAACAAAUACUACCGAAGUUCAUCGCUAUACCUGGGGUGACUUUAUACGCAACACGGUCGAGCGGAAGGUUAAGCUGGGUCUGAACUUCCUCCAGCACGUCACCAUGGACUUCCAGCGAUACCUGAACGGUGUCCAGGAGCACCUGGUCCAGCACAGUAGCAGCAGCAGCACCACCACCACCACUGAGCCAGCGGAACACUAAUCCGCUCUUCUUUCGGGCUGCCUUGCCUAUGGGAUUAAGGAUAGGAUUCUCGCGAUCGAUCGAGCGCACAGCAGAGCCGAGAGCUCUCUUCUGAUCUUGUAGCACAAGGAGUACGAGACGUGCCCACUCCAGCGAAACUCCCUCC